AGUAUGGGUAAAGAAAAGAAUUUACUGUAGAGAAACCUUACACAGGAGGAGUGCGGUAUAAUGCCCAAAUCCUAAUUUCGAAUUGGGUCGUGCCGUGAAGGUGGAAGAGGAUAAUGAGAGUGUUCCAGUACUUGAGUCAAUGGAAGUCCAAAGCCAAAGACGGAAUUCAACAAUCACUUCUUGUCGCCAAAUUCCUCUGCUUAUUACAUGUCACCAAUAACUAUAUUUGUUCCCCUGUCAUGGUGUACGGUCCUAGUAUGCUACCGACACUGAAUCUUACCGGCGAUGUUUUGCUGGCCGAACACUUAUCGCCGUUGUUGGAUAAGUUGGGACCAGGUGAUGUAGUCCUCGUUCGCUCACCUGAUAACCCUAGAAAGACUGUUACUAAACGCAUUGUUGGUAUGGAGGGCGAUACUGUCACUUUUCUAGCCGACCCUGCAAGAAGUGACCGCUAUGUCACCUUAAAGGUUCCAAAGGGGCAUGUUUGGAUUCAGGGAGAUAAUAUUUAUGCUUCCAAGGAUUCACGGCAACUCGGGCCAAUCCCUUAUGGUCUCAUCCUGGGGAAAGUGUUGUGUAGAGUAUGGCCGCCAGAGGGCUUUGGCUCGUUAUGACAACAAAAACAAUCCAAUGUAUCGAAGAUACGCAAUUGAAAAUGUGAUUCUGUACAAGUCCUUUGAUUGUUGUCUUCUUCUGUGAAGAUUUAAUUUGAAUAAUGAUUGCUAAUUCAUUUUGUUCAGGAUCUUCAGUUCCAAUAAAGAAGAUCAAUGUUAGUAGCUCGUAGCAUCAUGAAUUUGUCUA